CGGCCCUGGCUAGCUGCCACAAUGGCUAGCAACAAGCAGCGCCAUGUUCUGGCGAUUCCCGAGGGGAUCAACAAGCGAUGUGAUCUGCCGCCCGAGGCGUACUUGAAUCCCGACAAGGUCAACACUCCUUUUGCUGCCCGUCGUGGUUAUAACACCUCCGGUCAGAACAUCAACGUUUGCGCGAAUCAGUUCCGCAUCCAGAACGUCACUGGUAGAGACGUUUACCAGUACGACGUAUGUAUCUCGGAAAGGUGAACCAAACA